AUGGCGUUGUCAAGAGCCUCAGACAACGUAGUGGAGGUUUUCGACCGCCUCUCGGCCUUUGUGGCUGGAGGGCUCAACCAUUCGAAUGAGCUCCAGUCGCUGCUGCGAGAGCGGCAGGCCAUCGAGGUCAAGUACUACAAGGCGCUUGGCAAGCUGUAUGCCACACACAAGACGUCGUCGCGUGAUCGGCCGCUCUCUGCGGCGUGGGUCUCGACUCUCAAGGAGCUCAAGAAGAACGCAGCAGUCCACAACGAGCUCGCGGAUGGCCUCGGAGCGCUUGCCAGUGCGCUUGCGGGGACUACGACCGAGUUUGAGAAGCAGAGUCGGACGUUUGUGGGCGAGGGCUCCAAGUCGAUCAAGUCGCUGCAGUCUGCGUACAACGCGGUGAAGAAGGCUGCCGGCGGUGCCGAUUCGACGCAGGCGGAGCUUGCGGACGCGGUUCAGGCGUACAAGCGGGCGCAGGCCAACCACAAGGCGAAGGACAAGGAGGUGACCAAGCUCGAGCGCAAGGUGUCGAACCUGGAGGAGAAGCUCUCCGAUUCCAAGCUAGUGCUUGCCGAGAAGGAGAAGGCGUCGCGAACGCAGCAGACGAUGCUGCUUGGCCUGCUGGACAUUUUCCAGGAGACGUCUAACGUGUUCAACCGGUCGUUCCGGGCACAGUACGCCGAGCUUGCGCUCUCGCUGGAACGUGCGGCGCAGUCAGGCUACUCGCUCGCGCAUCAGAUGCGGACCGACAUCGAGAACAUCAACUCGCGGCAAGAGCUGACGUCGUUUGUGGUCGAGAUGGCGGACGAGUCGGACGCGGCGUCGCGAGUCUCGGUCAUGUCGCUUGUCAACCCGACGGUCAAGGGCCGGCUGAUGCUCAAGGAGUCUGGCGAGCACGCGUCCAAGUUUAAGGAGUACUUUUGUGUGUUCAUGGCUUCGCAGUCGCGGCUGUACUGGUUUGCACACGAGGCUGCGAGCGAGCCCGUAGGCUCGCUCCUCAUUCCGAGUGGUGAGGACGUGGUCGGCGCUCUGCAUGCCUCGCUCUACGCGCGACCUUACGCGUUGAUGGUGUGUGGCGGCGAGACGACGCUCCACCUGUGCGCACCGUCUCAGCACAACUACACAGCGUGGCUCCGGGCGCUGCGCGAGGCGACGAUGGGGCCGUCGGCGCGCGAGAAGCUGGACCGCGAUGGUGGCUUUGCCACCUCGCUCGAGGUGACCGUCGGCGAGCUCAAGGGCUUGACCAAGUCUGGCGAGUACUACAGCCUGCUUGGGUUUGGCGACCGGGUUGUGGCGCGGACGUCCAAGACCGAGACGACAAACAAGCCGCUGUGGGGCGACAAGUUUGCCUUUGAGGAGCUCCCUGCAGGCUCGUCGUCGCUCUCAAUCAAGGUGUUCAAGGACAAGCACACGACCAAGGGUGACAAGUUCCGCGGGUGGGCGUCGGUUGAGCUCGCCUCGAUUCGGCCCAACACCAUGACCGAGGCGUGGUACCCAUUCACGGCGGCUGCGAGCGGUGAGGAGGUCGGGCGGCUGCGGCUGAAGAUCAAGCACACGGUGCUCAUUGUGCGACCGCAGGAUCACUACGCGGCGCUGUUCCAAGCCAUCGACGCGGAUCCUGCGCGGAUGGUGGCGUUCUGCGAGAUGGUGCCUGCGGCGCUGCGGCAGGUCACGGCCGGGCACCUGCUCCACGUCUACCACGCGCGCGGGCAGGUUGUGCCAUUCCUCCACAAGCUCAUUCACCACGAGAUCUCCAACACCAACGAUCCGGGCAUCAUCUUCCGCGGCAACUCGCUGACGACCAAGGCGCUGGACCACUUUAUGAAGAUGGUGGGCAUGGAGUACCUGCACGCCACGCUCGGCCCGGUCAUUGCGGAUAUCUACGCGUGCAAGGUCUCGUGCGAGGUCGACGCAAGCCUCACGCCCGAGUCAAACGUGCGCAAGGCGUGGAAGACACUCAACGGAUUCAUCUCGGACGCAUGGAACGCUAUCGUGCACUCAGCCGACUCGUGCCCGGCUGGAAUGGUCUCGAUCUUUAACGCGAUUUCACGGGCAUGCGCGUCCAAAUGGCCCGAGCCCGAGCACGCCAACGUGCGAUACAUUGCAGUCUCGGGUUUCCUCUUCCUUCGCUUCUUUGUGCCAGCCAUCCUCACUCCCAAGGUCUUUGACUUUUCGUCGGAGCAGCCGUCCAAGACCUCGGCCCGCACACUCACUCUUGUGGCCAAGACCAUCCAGAACCUGGGCAACCUCGUCCAGUUUGGCAAGAAGGAGGCCUUUAUGGCCGAUGCCAACCCGUUCAUUGUGGAGAACAUUGAGGCGUUCAAAACGUUCAUCGACUCGGUAUCGUCGCUCUUGGCCAACCCGUCGCUGGUCAAGGUUCACGUCGACGCGGACCCCAUCGGCCAGCACGCGGCAGCGCUCGCUGACCUCCUUGUCCAGCACUUGGAUCGACUCGACGAGUCGCCUCUCACCCAGCCCAUUGCCGCUGUCUUUCGUUCGGCGCCGCUCUCGGAGCCGUUCUUGCCCGAUGGCAUUGUCCUCCCGCCACCGCCCGAGGGCGGACCCGGCGUCGACGACGAAGCGCUGCCCCCGCCGCCGGCCGGUCCGCCGCCGCCCGACUCACCCGAGGUGCUGCCGCCGCCGCCAAGUUGCCCUCCGCCACCGACCUCGCCGCCGACCUCGCCGCCGUCGCUCACCAUCGAUGCGGCGGCCAGCCCGGCAGCGUCCGGGGCGUCGCCGCCGGAACGACCACCACCGCUCUCACCGGCAUCAGCAAUGAUGGCGACGGCCGCGCCGCCACCGGAACGGCCGAAACGGGCGUCAACGAUGCCGGCGACGGCGCAGCCGCCAGUGAUCCGCGGGCGGUCAACGAUGCCGUCGGGCGACGCGCAGAGCCAGUCUGCGGUGCUCGCGGCGGAGCUUUCCCAGCCGCGGCGCGGAGGCGGUGGCGCGGUGACGCUGGCGCGUGGCGUCAAGCCGCCCAAACUGCCCAAGCCGGCUGCGGCGCGACCACGGCGACAGUCGCUCAGCGGUGCGCUGGCCAGCAGUGGCGACGCCGGCUUGCCGCUGCCGAGCCCGCUCGAGCCGCCGAGCUCGCACGCUGCACCCCGUAGACCGCCCGAGCUCAAGCCGCCGUCGACAGCCGAUCUGUAG